GACAGACCAUGGCUUUCCAAUCGGCCAAGCGCGAGUUGCGCAAACAGAUGCGCGACACUUUGGGGAGAUUGUCUGCGACAUCUAUCAACCAGCAAUCCAGUGUCGCGACCACCAAGUUCCUGUCGCUCACCGAGUACCAGAAUGCAAAGAGCAUCGCCGUAUACUUGUCGAUGCCGACCGGAGAGCUAUCGACUACUAGUAUUGUAAAGGAUGCUUUACGAUGCGGGAAGGACGUCUACAUCCCAUAUAUCCACACGGUCGACAAGACCUCCGUCAUGGACAUGCUCGCUCUCGAGUCCAUGACCGAAUUCGAAUCAUUACAAGCCGACAAAUGGGGCAUCCCCUCACUACAGCUUACACAGAUCCCCGGCCGACGAAACUGCUUCGCAGGAACUGGGUUGGAUCUAAUUGUCAUGCCGGGGAUGGCGUUUGAUCAGGGAUUCCGCCGACUCGGCCAUGGCAAAGGGUAUUAUGACCAUUUCCUAACGCGAUAUUCUAAAUGGAGCAAGAAAAUGCCAUUCCUGGUUGCCCUUUCUCUCCAGGAGCAGUUGCUCGCCCAAGAUAUUCCCGUCGCGGAGCAUGACUGGCUGAUCGAUGCGAUCGUGGUGGGUGAUGGUCGGUAUUUGGUGCGAUGA